CCAUCCUAUGAACAUCCUGAGCAUGCAGAGAGCUAAGAAAAGCUAGCAAUGUGGGUGCUGAAUCCCUGACCACACAGCACCCUUCAACUUUGUUUUGGGUAAUCAUUGCAAAAGGUACUCCGUUCCAAGUCUCUAGGUUCCNCAACAUAUUUUACAUUGGUGCUUGUUUGUGUGUAUACAUUCAAUGGGUAACAUUCUACGCAGCGGUGGUCUUCUCAGCAAUGGUGGAACUGGGUAUGACCCUUACCGUGUUCAGCUGGGAAAAUAUGCUGCCAUUUCUUUAUCAGAAAGGCAAGUUAUCAUGCAACAAAAUGGUGGAGCCUUGGAGAGCUGGAAUAUAACAUACGAAGUAGGUGUUUCAGCCUGUGCACUGCAGCUAACAAGAGAAGCUGACAAUAGUAAAGAUGUGAAGGGUUUACGCUUACAACUCCGCAGCGAGACAACCAAACGCAGUGGAGCUCUUGCAGAGUUCGAUUUCUUUUUAGACGUGCAAACAAUAAAUGGAGACGAUUUCGUGGUAUAUCCCCGCUGGUUCGCCAUCUGUGGCGUUCACACAACAACAUCACUCAAUCAAAACAAGAGGGUUAACAGCAGAUCGGGCAGUGUUACGGAUAUGGACAUGUAUUUGUAUGGUGAGGGACACAAAGGGGGUCUUAUUGUACUUGAAAGGAAGAAAAAGAGUGGCCAUCUACUACCUUAUGAAGUCACUCUGGCGCAUUAUCAUGCUACUGGUUCAGGUAUUAAUGAUUACCGUAAGAUUAAACCAGAUUUUGGCCUUUCUAUNGUCGCAAAGAUUCGAUUAAUCGGUGGUAGUUUGACCGUAAUGGUGGAUGGCCCUGAACAACACCCUUCUUCUGCGUUAUUGUACAUGUUCGAUGAAGUCAGUAGAAACGCGUUUUGGCAUCGUGACAUGUGCCCUCACUGCGCUAAAGCUCCGAAGAAACAGAACGAAGAACUGUGGCAGUCUGAGAGUGAAGACUCUGAUAGUACUCCCAAAGGAGUAUCUCAGGGUGGAAGCGGGAAAAAUGUAAGAGUGAUUUCCAAUGGUGGGAAGUUUGGGGGUGAUGGUAAUGGUAAUUUCUANGAGAGAAAUGUUUUUAAUGUNAUUUAUCAGCNUCANUGGUCUGAAAACAAAAGUGUUAGUGGAAGAACAUAUAUGUAGGAGCUGCAGUUUCUGUACUAUAAUAUAGCAGCUUGUAUUGUUAAUAACUUCACCUGUCCAAGGUGUGUUUGUGUGUAACCUACUAGAGUGCUUGCUUGAACUUUUAAGUUUAUUUCUCUAUAUAACAAAUGCUAAAAGAUUUAGAACAA